AUGGCUUUGGAGCAAAGAGAACAAGCUUCUUCAGAAGAGUAUACUUCUUCGGAAACCGUUUUGGGUGAGAGGGAUCUCUCGCCAACUGUCGCUGGAUCUAUUGCGUCAGUAGAAUCCGAUAUAGGAAGAGUUCCUACUAACAAAUCAAUACUAUACCCUGACCCUGAGCAGCGUCCGCCAAUUUUCAAAUCAACUUUUCAAGAGUUUAUGUGUGUUGCUUUGGUCACUUUUGCUCCAGCGGCCGCUUCAAUGGGUUCAUCUGCUUUUCAGACGGCGCUUUCAGCGACGUCUCUAUACUUCAAUGUAGAUGGUGGUGUAUUGACCUGGUGUGUCAACAGUAUUACACUUGCUAACGGUGGCUGUUUGUUGUUGAUGGGAGGAGUUGCAGAUGCUCUUGGGAGACGUAACUCGUUGAUUAUUGGUUUCUUUUCUUAUGCUUUAUUCUCGUUGAUUGCAGGCUUCAUGAAGAACUUCGCUGUUUUAUGCAUACUGCGCGCUCUUAUGGGUGCUGCUGUUGCAUGUGCAACCCCUGCAGCUGCAGGAUUCCUUGGCUCUACCUACAAAGAUUCCAAAAGAAAGAAUAUGGCUAUGAGUAUCUUUGCGCUCGGAGCUCCUGUUGGUGGUGCUUCCGGCUUCUUCAUUGCCGGCGUUUGUAUAGCGGCCUUCAACUGGCGUGCUGUGCACUAUUUUCUAGCGAUUAUCUUUUGUCUUUUUUCAGUUGGUGUGGUGUUCUUCAUGCCUGAUGAUGAGACUCGCAUGCAAUGGGGCCGUGCUGGCCAGAUUUUUAGGCAUUUGGAUUAUGGUGGUUCGUUUAUCUCGUUAACAGCAUUUACUCUCAUUUGCUUUUCUCUUACUCAGGUAGAUGCCGCUACAGAUGGUUGGGGAACUCCUUACAUUAUUGCUCUUCUUGUUGUAGGUAUAGCGUUGAUUCCAGUGUUUGUGCUCUACGAGAUGCACAUUCCCAGUCAACCUAUUAUGCCAAUGGCUCUUUUCAAGAGUUGGAAUUUUGAUCUAUGUAUGAUCAUCUCAGCUUUCUGUUGGAUAAACUUUCAAGGUGUGUUGAAUUACUACUCUAUUGUCUACUUUGAGAUGAUCCGUGGCUAUUCGGCUAUUAUAACAGCUUGCUGUGUGCUUCCACAGCCUAUCGCCGGUGUCUGCGUCAACAUAUUUGCCGGUUUAACCAUGCACAAGAUUCCUGGUAGAAUUUUGGUCUUUGUUGGAUGUCUUGGCUUUCUUACUGCUAGCAUUAUCUGGGCAACCUUUCCAAUCGAUAGAAAUUAUUUCUUGGGGCCUUUUUGGGCUUUCAUUGUUUGUGUUUUGGGGGCUGAUUUCAUAUACAAUGUUGCCAAUCGUUGCUCGUUGGGCCUCGUUGAAAAAGAGGUGCAGAGCAGAGCUGCAGGUACUUUUAAUACUAUCAUUCAAUUGGCCUCGUCGGUGGGUUUGGGACUUUCAAGUACUAUUGUUUCUUCAAAAUAUAGUCUUUAUGGUACAUCUGAGCAAAAUGACCAUAAGCAAGAAUUCUGGCAUGCUAUUAGAUACGCCUUUUACUUUGGUAUUGCAUUGUCUGGAAUUUCUUUGAUCCUCAGUUUGUUUUUGCAGAUUGGCGUCGUUGGUGCCAUUACUGGAUCAGACAAGGACGAUGAUGAAAAGAGGAAAGAACAGCAGCACAAACAAGUUGAAGUUACUGACUCUGUUCCUGCUCUCUACGCAGAGAAUGCGAUCAUUGAGAAUGCACCUAAUCAUAACGAUCUCAGUGUUCCAUGA